CCGCCACGUAGUUUCCGAAUCGAUCACAUCCAGAAACUACUACAUUUAUCGCUGGCAAAAAUUUCAAAAUCUCGGUGCUAGUUAUCGGAGGACGAUUGAAUUGCCGAAUGAGGUUGGAGAAAGGGGCGCACUUGUCAGACAUUGAUGACGAAGACGAGCUCGAUGAAGAACCAGGAGAGGUGAUCGAGUCAGCUCCACCUCUCAAGGUCGGUGAAGAGAGGGAGAUUAGUAACUCUGGUAUCAAAAAGAAGCUCCUCAAGCGCGGUCUAGGCUGGGAAACCCCCGAGUUCAAUGAUGAGGUUACCGGUACCUAUAUAUGUUUCAUUACGUGGGUACUUUGCUUGAUGGGACCAAGUUCGAUUCUACUCGAGACAGAGGUGAACCUAUGACUCUUAAACUUGGUCAAGGUGAUGUGAUUGCUGGAUUGGAUCAUGGGAUAAUUAGUAUGAAAAAGGGGGAAUGUGCAUUGUUCACUGUGCCUGCUGAAUUGGGUUAUGGAGUUUCGGGAAGUGAUAAUGUGCCGCCGAAUUCUGUGGUUCUUUUUGAGGUUGAACUCAUUUCUUGGAUCACCGUUGUGGAUGUGAGCAAAGAUGGUGGAAUUAUCAAGAAAAUUAUGAAGAGGGGGACCAGGAUUGAGCGUCCUGGUGACAUGGAUGAAGUUCAUGUCAAGUAUGAAGUGACACUUGCUGAUGGCACUGUUGUUGGACAAACGCCUGAAGAAGGAAUUGAAUUUCAUUUAAAAGAUGGUCAUCUAUGUCCAGCAUUGCCCAAAGCUCUCAUAACCAUGCGAAGAGGAGAGAAGGUUAAAUUAAUUGUCCAACCUCAAUAUGGUUUUGGAGAGGAGGGAAUGGAUGCUAAUGGUGGCAUCCAUUCAGUCCCACAAAACUCAAUACUGAACAUGGAUCUGGAGUUGGUGUCCUUCAAGCCUGUUGUUGAUGUUACUGGUGAUGCCAAGGUGCUCAAGAAGAUCUUGAAGGAAGGGGAGGGCACCCUUGUUGCAAAUGAAGGUGCCAUUGUAACAAUUAGGUAUACAGCUAGGCUACAAGAAGGAACUGUAUUUGAAAAGAAAGGACUUGAUGGGGAACAUCCUUUGCAAUUUGUUACGGAUGAAGAACAAGUGAUUGCUGGUUUAGAUCGUGCAGCUGCAACAAUGAAGAAAGGGGAGCAGGCAGUGUUGACAAUACAUCCGGAAUAUGGUUUUGGAAGCAUCGAAGUAAAACGAGAUCUUGCUAUUGUACCCCCAUCUUCGGUGUUAGUCUAUGAAGUUGAAAUGUUAGAUUUUCUAAAGGAAAAAGCACCAUGGGAAAUGAAUAAUCAGGAGAAAAUUGAAGCUGCUUGUAUAAAGAAAGAAGAAGGCAAUCUUUUAUUUAAAAGUGGGAAGUACCAAAAAGCAGGAAAGAAGUAUGAUAAGGCUGUGGACUAUGUUGUUGAAGAGGAAUCCUUUGGAGACAAUGAGCAAAAGCUAGUUAAGUCGUUAAUUGUGUCGUGCUGGCUGAAUGGGGCUGCAUGUAGCCUCAAACUUGAUGAUUUACAGGGAGCAAUCAAGUUAUGUUCAAAGGUGCUGGAUAUUGAGUACAACAAUGUAAAAGCUUUGUAUAGGCGAGCACAAGCAUAUAUACGAAUUUUGGAUUUGUUCUCAGCUGAAGUAGACAUCAAGAAAGCUCUUGAGGUUGAUCCUCAGAGCAGGGAGGUCAAAUCACUUCAGAAGAUGCUGAAACAACUUCAAGCUGAAAGCAAUAAGAGAGAUGCAAAGCUUUACUCUAACAUGUUUGCACAUAUGACAAAGGAAACAUCUGUGGCCACCAAGAAACUGAAAGUUGAGAAAGAAGAGGACAAAAAGAAAGAAGAGGUCAUGGCAAUGGAAAUGGAAAAUUUUACUGAUGCUGCAGGUUCUGCUGGUAAUAGGACGAUUAUUGAUUCCUGUUAGAAUUAAUUGUAAUAUGUAAUUGUAACCCUCACAGCCAAAAUGAUAAACAGACUGAAAAACAAAAUAGUAAUGUUAUAGCAUAACUCCUUGUUCACCUUUCGCACGCAGUAUUAACAUUAUAGUGUAUGUACACUAAAUUUUGACUCUAUACUUGGAAAUCUGCAAGGAACUAAUCUUUUCUUAUUCUAGCUCCCUUGCAUUUUUCCGUUUCCCUUGUAUUACUGCAUUUCUCUUUAGUUUAUCUUCAUACGAAAGCAAAAA